AUGUCUGACGAGGCUCGUCGUGUGCUAGAACAAGGAUACGCGCAGACGAAAGCUGCGACGGCCUCGCCGGAUUAUGGUGCAUUGAAUUUGGUCAGAACAGCCAAUGCGAAACUCGGCUACAUUAGUCCUGACCUCCUCCCCGAUGUGAGAGUCCUGAACAAUAUGAUUAAGUCGCCUGCAGCUUACGUUGAAUUCAAGAACUUCGACGAGUCCCAUGCAGGGACGGCAACGAAGCAACGCAUCCGGCCCACGGUAACUGGGUCAGUAGUAGUGGUUUUAGAGGAGGUGAAAGAGGGCAAGGACAAAGAGAAUCCUACCCCCAGAUUCAGCAUGGGCAAGUGGAUGAUGCAGUUCGCCAGAUAUUCAACUGCACUUAUGGUCGUAGAUCCUGAGUGCGCUCAGAAUAGCACCGUAUUUUCGAGGUAUCAACUAGAGAUUGGCUAUUUGGCUGAUGAGUCCUCUUGUCGCGAUGCUCUUGAGGCCGACGCUAAGUAUCGAAGGUCUAUCUCGAAGCGAGUUAUGUCGGGUAUUCCUCUGUGGAGCUGCUUUACCGAGG